AGGUCUGCAAUGGAUGUUACAUGAAUCAUUUUAAGGAAUGCACACAGCUAUGAACAUUUCUGAAGCGUUUUCCUCAGUAAACUAGAUAAAGAUGGAUGAAUCUGCCUUGUUGGAUCUUCUAGAGUGUCCCGUUUGUCUAGAGCGGCUUGAUGCUUCUGCAAAGGUCUUGCCUUGCCAGCAUACCUUUUGCAAACGAUGUUUGCUGGGAAUUGUCGGUUCCCGAAAUGAACUCAGAUGUCCCGAGUGCAGGACUCUGGUUGGCUCGGGUGUUGAGGAGCUUCCAAGUAACAUCCUGCUGGUCAGACUUCUGGAUGGCAUCAAGCAGAGGCCUUGGAAACCUGGCCCUGGUGGGGGCAGUGGCAUGAACUGCACAAGUGCUUUAAGGUCUCAGAGCAGCGCUGUGGCCAACUGUAGCUCGAAGGAUCUGCAGAGCUCCCAGAGUGGACAACAGCCACGGGUGCAAGCCUGGAGCCCUCCAGUGAGGGGUAUACCUCAGUUACCAUGUGCCAAAGCGUUAUACAAUUACGAAGGGAAGGAGCCUGGAGACCUUAAGUUCAGCAAAGGAGACAUCAUCAUUUUACGGCGACAAGUGGAUGAAAAUUGGUACCAUGGUGAAGUCAACGGCAUACAUGGCUUUUUCCCCACCAAUUUUGUGCAGAUUAUCAAACCUUUACCUCAGCCUCCACCUCAGUGCAAAGCACUUUAUGACUUUGAAGUAAAAGACAAGGAAGCAGACAAAGAUUGCCUUCCAUUUGCAAAGGAUGAUGUUUUGACCGUGAUCCGCAGAGUGGAUGAAAACUGGGCUGAAGGCAUGCUGGCCGACAAAAUAGGAAUAUUUCCAAUUUCAUAUGUUGAGUUUAACUCGGCUGCCAAGCAACUGAUCGAGUGGGAUAAACCUCCUGUGCCAGGAGUCGAUGCUGGAGAAUGCACCUCAGCAGCAGCCCAGAGCAGCACUGCCCCAAAGCACUCGGACACCAAGAAGAACACCAAAAAGCGACACUCCUUCACGUCCCUCACCAUGGCCAGCAAGUCCUCCCAGGCCUCCCAGCACCGCCACUCCAUGGAGAUCAGCCCUCCUGUGCUCAUCAGCUCCAGCAAUCCCACAGCUGCCGCUCGCAUCAGCGAGCUGUCUGGCCUCUCCUGCAGUGCCCCUUCUCAGGUUCACAUAAGUACCACCGGGUUAAUCGUGACCCCACCCCCAAGCAGCCCAGUGACAACUGGUCCCUCGUUCACUUUCCCAUCAGAUGCCCCCUACACAGCUGCCCUUGGAGCUAUGAACCCUCCUCUUCCUCCGCCCCCUCUCCUGGCCGCCACACCACCAGGUGCUGCUGCUGCUGCCGCUGCUGUUGCUGCUGCUGCUGCUGCUGCUGCUGGAAUGGGACCCAGGCCCACGGCAGGACCCUCUGACCAGAUUGCACAUUUACGGCCUCAGACUCGCCCCAGUGUAUAUGUUGCUAUCUAUCCAUACACUCCCCGGAAAGAAGAUGAACUAGAACUGAGAAAGGGGGAGAUGUUUUUAGUGUUUGAGCGUUGCCAAGAUGGCUGGUUCAAGGGGACAUCAAUGCAUACCAGCAAGAUCGGGGUUUUUCCUGGCAAUUAUGUGGCACCAGUCACAAGAGCAGUGACAAAUGCUUCUCAAACUAAAGUCCCCAUGUCUACUGCUGGCCAGACGGGGCGUGGGGUGACCAUGGUCACUUCUUCCACGGCAGCAGGGCCUACUCAGAAGCUCCAGGGAAAUGGUAUGGCUGGGAAUUCCAAUGUGGUCCCCACGGCCGUGGUAUCAGCAGCUCACAUCCAGACCAGUCCCCAGGCUAAGGUCUUGCUGCACAUGAGUGGGCAAAUGACAGUCAACCAGGCCCGCAAUGCUGUGAGGACAGUGGCGGCACACAACCAGGAACGCCCCACGGCCGCAGUGAUGCCCAUCCAGGUCCAGAACUCUGCCGCUCUGGGCCCCACCUCCGUGGGUCUGCCCCAUCACGCCGUGGCCUCCUCACAGCCGCCGCCCCCGAUGGCCGGCCCCGUCGCCCACGUUGCUGCUGUCAGCCUCAGCCGAGCCGGCGCCCCUCUGGCCUGUGCCGCGGCUGCUUCGCUCACUUCCCCGAGCAUCCCCACUGCCUCACUGGAGACCGAGCCCAGUGGCCGGGCCGUGACCAUCAUCCCUGGAGUGCUCACCUCUCCCGACAGUGCUUUGUCAGCUUGUGGGAACAGUUCAGCAGCCAAGCCAGACAAGGAUAGUAAAAAAGAAAAAAAAGGUUUGUUGAAGUUGCUGUCCGGUGCCUCCACGAAACGCAAGCCCCGGGGGUCUCCUCCAGCCUCCCCGACCCUGGAAGUGGAGCUGGGUGGAGGCGAGUUGACCCUCCAGGGCGCGGUGGGUCCUGAGCUGCCGCUGGGGGGCGCCCACGGCAGGGCCGGCACCUGCCCCCCGGAUGGCGAGGGCCCGGCCGCGGCGGGAGCUCCUCUGACCCAGGAUGCUCUUCUACAUCGGAAGACGAGCGCCCCGGACUCUGCGGCGCCGGUCGCCCCGCCGCCUCGGCAGCCCUGCUCCGCACUGGGCCCAGUCAUGAAUGAGUCUAGGCCUGUCGUGUGUGAAAGGCACAGGGUGGUGGUUUCCUAUCCUCCUCAGAGUGAGGCAGAACUUGAACUCAAAGAAGGAGAUAUUGUAUUUGUUCAUAAAAAACGAGAGGAUGGCUGGUUCAAAGGCACGUUGCAACGGAAUGGGAAAACCGGCCUUUUCCCUGGAAGCUUUGUGGAAAACCUCUGAGGAGAACAACGUCGAGAAGGCUUAAAAUCCUAUCACCCAACGAAAGAGCACAAAGCAGUGUAAUGGCAAGAGCACAUUUGUGGAAUUCCAGAUGGUCAGGAGAUGAGCAAAGGAUUGGUGUGACCCCAGAGCCUCCGUUACAGCUCUCCCUGCGAACAGCAUCAAGAAGGCUUGGGUUUGGGUUUGGGUUGUGCCUGGAUUCUGAUGUGUGAGGUGUGCCUUGUGCUGAUCUAUGCUACAGAGAAACCUUUUCUUUUUUAAAGAAAUAUAAUGAAAAUAGACAAUUGUUUACAAGGCUUAACUAAUUUAUUUGCUUUUUAAACUUGAAUUUUUCUUGUGCUAGAUAAAUUCUUUGGCUUAUGAGUUAAGAAAUUAUUAAUUUAUGAAAUGAUAGCUAAGGAGAAGCUGGAUUAUCUCCUAUUGAGAGCAACAGAUUCUUUUGACUAGAAUGAGCUCCCCUUUCCCCACUGUUGUUACUUUUCACUUCUUUAAGACAGAGAUGCCAGUUCUCCAACUUGGUUUUCCUUUUUUGAGAAACAAAAACAUAUGUCUGAAUCAGUAUCGAUGAGGCCCUGGGGUAGGGAGACAGAAACCCAAGAGAAGAGAAGUGAAAUGAUCCCGUGUCUUUCUGGUUCUGUCAGGAAUCAGCCUUAAGGCCAAGUUCUCAAAUUCUUUGGUGGGUUUUUAAUUUUCCUAGAAUGAAAGCAACGAAGUGAUAAGAAUAAAGCACAACCCUUGAACAAAAAUGUACUCACUCAGAAAUAGAUUUAGUUUUAUAACAGAAACAGCUCAAUUCAUUGAUUCAAAAUUGGGUAAAUUGAGUCUGUACUCGCUGUCUGCGAAUGGCUCUGAGAUGUAACUGUCCAUUUCACCCCAAGUGAUCUGCAUGCCUGGGACACAGUUCAAACGUUUGUGAGGUUGUGGUGGUAAGUGAUGCACUUGUGCUGAAGUUAAGGCUGUAAGAGACACUGUGAAAAGUUUACAUUCAUCCAUUGUGAUUCUUUUCCCACCGUCUUGCAUGUAUUACUGGAUCCCCACAGUAAUGUAGACCGUGCAUGGUGUGUAUAUUUCAUUGCAGUUUCCUCUUGAGGUCAGUUUGCCCUCAGAAUUGACCAAUACUGGAGGUGUAAAAUAAACAACAUUCUUUUCUCUACUCCAAAGCCACUACUGACUAAGGUUUCUAAGUAUGCUCGCUCCCUCCCUGGCUAAGGCAUCCUUCAGCCACGCUCACGUCCUGGCGGAAGUGCUCCUUGACUCUCCCAACGGACAGAUGUGAAGGACGAGCCCAGAGACCAGCCCUGGGACCGUUCUCUAGAGGCUUGGCGAGAGCCAGUGUUGCCCACACCUUACAAUUGUGGCAGGAUCCAGCUGAGCGGCUCUUUUUUUAGCUACCCUUUGAUGUUGGCCUCUUGUGCCCAUUUCAUUCCAGCGCCACGCCUUCCGUCGUGGGCUGAGUAGUCCUAAAGCAAAAGGAGGGAAAGUAGCCUGGUCAUAAAUGAGAUCGUUGCCACAGUUUUCUCAUGAAAAAACAAUUUUUUUUUUUUUUUACUUUUAAGAAUUGCAACUUGGGAACAAAAACAUGAACUGAAAAAUCUUGCACUAGCAAGAUAUUUCACAGUUUUAAAGAUAUAUUGAUGUGGUGGAGAUGAAAUCAUUCCAAAAUUCGCCUUUUUUUUUUUUUUUAUAAAACACUGUACAUUAUGUUCCUGUGUGUUGAAUUUUUAAAAAAUACUUGGAUAUUCAUGUAAUAUAUAAAAGUUUGGUGAGAUGAACUUUAGUUAGGAAAAAAGCUGACAUCGGCUUUCAUCUGUGUAAGUUGACACCAAUGUGUCAUAAUAUUCUUUAUUUUGGGAAAUUUAGUGUAUUUUAUAAAAAUUUUAAACUAAAAAGACUACUACAGGUUAAGAUAAUUUUUUACCUGUCUUUUCUCCAUAUUUUAAGCUAUGUGAUUGGAGUACUUCUGUUAAUAGUUUUCUGGUAUGAAGUUGGUUAAAAUUUCAUCUGUUAAUAGAUCACUUAGAUAAUAUGAUGUUUGGGUUUUCUAUUGGUUUUUUGGAGACAGUAGGUGGAGAUUUUGUAACAAGGGCUUGUUACACAGUGACAUGGUGAUGAUAAAAUUGCAAUUUAUCAUUCCUUUUCAUGUUAAUAAUUUGAAGACUGGAGAAAAGGUUCAAGAUUAAAUUUGAUGUUCAAUCUUUA